GCGGGCGCGCACGCCACCGGCCGUUGGUUUGAGCGGGGCUCGCGCUGGGCCGGGCGUUCCGUAACGGUCGCCGCGAUCCGCCCAACCGUCUCCUUGACCGGGGACGUUUUAAAAGCAAAUCAAACAUUCAGAGGGGAGAGAGAGAGAGAGAGAGAGAGAGGAAGUCGAAAGACUUGCUAUGUGAGAGGUCGGGGUAAAGAAAGAUGUUUUCAGGCAACAGGGCUUCUUCGCUAACCUCCAGCGCCUGUCAGGAAUUGAGCAGCGUGAGCGACGUGGCGGGGGAGUGCUCGGACAACGACUUCCACGAUGGCAUCGUGGAAGGGAAGGUGCAGAUCAAGGGGCUGAACGAGCGCUUCACCAAGUACAUCAACAACACGGUGCUGAACCUGCAGCGCAAGAACAAGGAGCUGCUGGCCGAGCUGAAGCGGCUGCAGCGCGAAGAGUUCACCGCCGUGGAGAACGCGUACGAGAAGGACAAGCAGGAGUUCAUGGCCAAGAUCGAGGAGACGCAGAACGAGAUGGCGCUGCUGAGGGUGGAGAAGGACAGGAUCAAAACCAGGCUGGACAAGGAGGCCGUCCUGAAGAGGGAGUUCGACCGGGACUUCCAGGAGCUGAAGAAGAAGUACGACGACGGCGGACUGACGAUCGAGCGGCUCCAGUGCCAGCUCAAAGCCCUGGAGGCACAGCUGGUGCAGCUCAAGGUGGUGAAGGACGCCGAGCGGGUCUUCUGGCAGCAGAAGGUGGACAACCUGCAAAACCUCGAGCUGUCCAACAGCAGCACGAUGGACCUGGGCCAGUCACUGAGGCACAUGCGGCACGAGUACGAGCAGAUGGCCAAGAGGAACAAGGACGAGUUGGAGCGGUUCAAGCAGAAGUUUGAGGAGAACAACGUGCCCCUGCAGAAGAUCAAGAAAGAGAUCGAAGCCUAUCGCGGGGCGGUGAACGACUUGAAGAUCAAGGACGGGCUCCAGAAGAACCAGAUGCAGGAAAAGGAGCGGGAGAUGAACAGGAUCAAAGAGUACAACAAGGCUCUGGAGAAGAAGCUGGACUCCCACGCAGCGGAAAACCAGAACAUGUUCGCAGUCAACGCUGCGCUUGAACAGGAGCUGCUUUGCUACAAGAGUCUUCUGAGCCAAGUGGAGAAGAAAGCCAAGAGUUACAACGCGCCGCCCUGCGUGGCCACGCCACCCGCACCGACCAAACCCGCGGAAGAUUGGGACAAAAUGUGUUGAUAGGACCCUCGGACUCCGUGAACAUUUCUACGACGGUCCUCCACGGUGACCACCACGGACGUGCUUUAGCAGACGAGUUAUUUUUAGGUGCAGUUCCCUCUGGAAAUUCGGUUUUAUUGCUCUUCGUUUUGAAAUUCUUGAUCUUGAUGCGCGAUUUUGUAAUCUGGUUCGCAUUGGUACGUUCCUCACGCGGGACAAUUUUUUUUAAAAAAUAAAAAAAAAUCCGACCACAGUUACUAAACGCUAAAUACGUAAUCUGGCAACAUUUUCAUUUAAAACGAUGCAACUAUAAACAGAAUCCAGAGUUUUAACGGGUUGAUGGAACUGAAAGAUCCCAGGUCUCUGCGUAAUCUGGUUUAAGACAUUUUAAUCUCUCAAAAGAGUGUGUUGGUGUGAAUGAUUCGGUUUUUUUUUCUUUUGCUGUAAUAUUUACCGCGCGCAAAAUAUUUCUUUUAAUUAGAGUUCUGUGUUUUUUCGGCGGUUACAGCUUCAUCCGUUUAUUCGUUCCAAUUUCUAUUGAAUAUGUAACAUUUGCUAAUUAACUGUGUAGACGUUUCUCUUAAAUAUCUUCUAAAAGUACUUCGUGGAUAUUUUAUAGUAAAAACCAUAAAACGGAAGCUAUAUAGAUGUGUUGUCCACAAGCAUUUAAUGUAAAAACACAUUACAGAUGCGGGUCAAAAAUGUACACAAUAAAGUUGUUAUGGGGUAAAA